AUGACCAUUCUAAUUGAAAAACUAUUAGAAACCCACCCAGUUUGCCGUCGUUGCGCCCGUAACAAUGCGUCAUGCGGAUACGGACUUCGUCUGGUCUGGCACGAGGAAUCUUUAGCCCGAGGCGUUUGCCAUGGAAGAGCAGGAGUAUGGUCCAAGCGAAAAGAUGCUCGAAAGAAGGAAACACUGGAGCAAGUGGACGAUACAUUGUCGCUAAGGUCGGAACAUGCGGGCGAUGAUCGGACAUGGAUGUUUUUGAACACGACGAUGAUCGAUCUCCAGAUCCAUUUUGAUGGCAACCAGCCCAAUUACAAAGGGAUGAAGCCGUUUUUCCAACCAAGCCCGUUGUCGCCUUGGCUGAAUACCAUCUCUCCUGGCCAGCGAUCAGAUUACGAUCCCGUGCUCAUGUCUUAUUUCGAACACGUCAUUUGCAGCAGCUCAACUCUCGUCGAUAACGUGCAUUAUAAUCCAUAUCGAUAUCUCAUACUCCCCAUGGCUCUGCAGUCCGAGGGGCUAUACCACGCAGCCCUAGCCAUCGCAGCCAAUACCCUCAAGCUGUCAGAUAAGCGGUACCGGCUUCCGGCAUUGGAGCAUCACCACCGGGCACUCAAUCACCUGCGUGGUCUAUUGAAUAAAGACAACUGGGUAGAAAAUGAGCUGGACGAGAUGCUCGGUUUGGUCUUGAUGUUAUGCUGGUUCGACGUAGGAUCUUCCUCACCUUCUUUCGACGAGAAACCUCCUAAUUCCUUGCAGAUAUCAGAUAGCAGUCGCCCUUCAUGGGUCACCCAUCUCAACGGUUUCCAAAAUCUAAUUCGGACACGAAAAGAACGCCCCGGUCGCUCAUGUCACAGUCAGGAACUGGCGAGUUUCUUCAAUCGUUAUUUCGCCUUCCACUUAGUUCUAGCCCGCACGGCGUUUCGCGUCACCCCUCCCUCAUCACAUAUAUCGCCUCUCCUGCCGGACAGUAUACUGGAAAAAUCAGACAUGAUUGAUCCGUACAUGGGAUUGAGCCCUGCUCUCUUAUUGAUAAUCGAUCAAGUAGCCGAACUAGCGUGGGCUUGUGAGGAUGGAAACAUAAAAAUCAACCGUAAAGAUGCUCAUCAGCUCAAGACGGACCUCGAUAGCCUUCAACAAAGAAUACCCACAGAACAUAUCGAUCCUAAUAUGGAGUGUGCUGCAAUUGCAGAAGCAAACAGGCUCGGGGCCCUUCUUCUUCUGCACGAGAUCUGUUCGACAAAAGCCCCUAUCAAUCGCUCUGGUUUUCCGACAUUGGAAUCUGAGGAGAAAAAUGUUUAUGUUGAACGGAUAUUGGCGUUGAUAUUGGAAAAGAAGGUAAAUAUGAUGCGGACUGCAGUUACGCCUUUAUGGCCUCUGUUCUUGGCAGGAUGCUGCGCUCGCAGGGAAGAGGAGAGAGUCAUUGUGUUGCAGUUAUUUAAAGAGCUGGAGAGUAUUCGUCGAUUCGGGAACAUUACCCCUGCUAUUGAAGUGGUCGAAAUGGUCUGGCGCCAGCGGGAUCUGUCGGUGCAAGAUGAAAGAAAACUCCAGAAAAAGCUCAAUACACAACGACAGGAAGAUCCAUUGCAAGAAACUCGGUUCUCUUGGGAGCAUGCCAUGGUCAUGCUGGGUGGAUGGAAGCUCAGCUUGACUUGA